AAUUGUCAUUUGUGUGUUGAGUUUCCACUUGUGCUCCGUUUCGUACGUGUAUUGUGGGUGGUGCGGUUGUCGUGUUGCUUGACUUUUUUUUAAUUUUCAACGCACAAACUGUAAAGCAGUAUAAUUAACAUCUACGAGUUAACGUGAAGCAGUGUCGUUUAAAUCUAUCAAAACAAUGUCGGAAUACUGGAUUAUAUCGGCGCCUGGCGACAAGACGUGCCAGCAAACCUUUGACACGAUGAACAACCUCACCAGCAAGCAACAUAAUCUAUGCAGCAACUACAAGUUCCAUAUACCCGAUCUCAAGGUUGGCACCUUGGAUCAGCUUGUCGGUCUGUCCGAUGAUCUGGGCAAACUGGAUACCUAUGUGGAGCAGAUCACCCGCAAGGUGGCCAUGUACUUGGGUGAGGUGCUCGAGGAUCAGCGCGACAAGCUGCAGGAGAAUCUGCAGGCCAACAACAGUCCUGGUCCACCCGAUGAAGUCAUGCCGUGUCGACACCACAACCGCCUGAAGCAUUUGAGCCUGCGACAUCAGCGUAAACACCAGCACACGCACCACCAAAACAAUCCCCUACACUACCAUCCACAUCAUCACCACCAGCUGCCCAUGGAUAUCAAGGCCGCCGCCAACAACAUUGCCUCAUCAGCCACAACCACCUACGCCUCUGCCUCUGCCUCCGCCUGCGCCUCAGCGUACGCCUCCGCAUCCACAUCAGCUAGAGCAAGUGCAUCGGCAUGUCCCGGCUGUCCAGGUGGCAUCGGUAUCGGUGGUAUCGGCGGCAUCGGCAUUGGCAGCGGCGGCAGCCUAAACAAUUUAUCCUCAACGCACGAUGAAUCGGAGCGUGAAUUUGACUUUGUGAUACCGCCUGGUUGUGCCUGCGAUGAAUGCUAUGCGCUAAGCAGCAGCAGCGUCUUUGCCCCGCCCAGCGCCAGCGCCACAGCGAGCACGCUGAUGGCCGAUGAAUGUUACUCCCAGACAGCUUCCUCCAUGCUGAAUGCCACGCGCUGUGCCAUCUCCACGGUGACCGCCAUUGCCACCGGCAGCAGCAUGUUGUGCAGCACAAGUGCUGCUGCUGCUGCAACAACUGUUGUUGAUGGCGCUUCUGCAGCUGCUGCAAGUGCAAACGCAGCGCCUGCCAAGACAAGCUCUGCCUCCACAUUAUGCUCGUCGGCUUACUUUUCAACAUCGGCGCCAACAGCGAGCAGCUCGGUGCACAGCAUGUCGCGCUCUAACAGCAAAAAGCUGAAUAACAACACUUGCAGCAUAAACAACAACAACAAUAACAACAACAACAACAGCAGCAGCAGCAGCAACAAACUGAGCUUUCGCAGCACCAGCAGUCACAUAAGUCAAUUGCAUAUGCCACAAUCGCCGUCACCGAUGCCGUUGUCACCGCAUAAGCAACAGCAACAGCAACAACAACACAAGCAACAACAAUCGCCAAAGCAGCAACUGCAACAACUACAGCUACAGGGGGGAACAGGAUUAGGAUUGGGAAUUGGAGGAACAGGAGCUGGAGGAGGAGAAUGCGGCGCAUUCUCGCCGCCAUUGCUAUCGCCAACAGAAAAGUCAUGUGACACGGACUUGGACUUGGAUGAGGAUCUCGAUGAUCCAAAGAGUCCGCAUAGCGCAUCGUCGCUAUCGGAGACAUUCGACUGGUGGUUCAAUAAACCGAAGCGUAACUCUAAGAAGUGCAGUGCACAGACACCCAGCAAACUGAUCCAACAACAACAACCACAACCACCAACAACACCAAUGACAUUUUGGCAUCAGACAUCGCCCACACCGCGCUCUAGUUAUCGCUCUUUCUUCAAUUCUCUUGCCGAUCAAAUUUAUAGCAAACGUUCUACACCGAGUCAAUUAAAUAUAAACAAUGGAUUUAAUUUAACACCAACUCAUAGAUCGUCUCCAGUGAGUAGUUGUUGUGGCAGUAGUAGCCAGGGGCGUUCCAGUCCAGACACGGAUCACGCUGAGCCGCCCGAAUUUCCGCUGAGUCCAGCUGAUCUGCCGCUGUAUUUAACGCGUUUCCAAUGGGACAUGGCCAAAUAUCCAAUCAAGCAAUCGCUGCGCAAUAUCGCCGAUAUCAUUUCCAAACAAAUCGGUCAAAUUGAUGGCGAUUUGAAGACGAAAUCGCAGGCCUACAACAACCUCAAGGGCAAUUUGCAGAACUUGGAGAAGAAGAAAACUGGCAGUUUGUUGACACGCAACCUGGCGGAUUUGGUUAAGAAGGAGCACUUCAUUUUGGAUUCGGAGUACUUGACCACGCUCCUGGUGAUUGUGCCAAAAGCCAUGGCCAACGAUUGGCUGGCCAACUAUGAGAAAAUUACGGACAUGAUUGUGCCACGUUCGUCGCAGCUGAUUAAGGAGGACCCCGACUAUUGUCUCUUCAAUGUGACGCUGUUCAAGAAGGUGACCGAGGAGUUCAAGCUGCAUGCCCGUGAGCGCAAGUUCAUUGUGCGCGACUUCGUCUACAAUGAGGAGGAACUUGCAGCGGGCAAGAACGAGAUGACCAAACUGAUGACCGACAAGAAGAAGCAGUUUGGCCCAUUGGUGCGCUGGCUGAAGGUGAACUUCAGUGAGGCAUUCUGUGCCUUGAUACACGUGAAAGCGUUGCGUGUGUUUGUUGAGUCCGUGCUCAGGUACGGCCUGCCAGUCAACUUCCAGGCCAUUCUGAUUGAGCCCAACAAGAAGAGCGUGAAGCGUUUGCGCGAUGUUCUGAACCAGCUCUAUGGACACUUGGAUGGUGCAUCCGCCGGCGGACAUGUCAGCAGUGCUGAUAAUGUCGAUAUUCCCGGCUUGGGCUUUGGCCAGUCCGAAUACUAUCCCUAUGUGUUCUACAAGGUGAACAUCGAUAUGGUUGAGCAAACCAAGCUGUAAGGGGUCAAUCUCAUGCCUCUGCUUAGCACACACCCACACACAAAAUUAAUAUAAAGCAAAUACAAGAAAAAUAUGAAAAACACCUAAAAUUAUCCAUUUAAAUUCAGCUGCGACUCGUUGAGCAGCCUGGAAAUCUGUUAAAAAGCUAAAAAAAAAAAAAGAAAACCCCACAAGUCUAUCCUGCUCAUAAUAUACCUUUAAAAAUGCAUAGUUAGAAUCAAAAAAACAACAAAACCAACAAACCGUUGCCACGCAAAUAACACGCAAAAAAUAAUAGUUUACGAUAAAUAAUUUUAGUCAUUGUUAUAUAAUUAUUGUUGUUAUUUAUGUUACGCGUUCACAGAAUUCCGUUUCAGGUUCAACUUCCAAAAAAACAAAAAAAGAAGAAAACAAACAAAAGCGAUAAGUAAACUAAACUAAAGAUAAAUCUUAAACUUGCAGCGCGUUACGAAGCAAAACAAAAAAAACUAAAGGAAAAUAAUUCAGAUCGCGUCCCCCAAAAACUUUUAUACAAAAUACAAACAUACAUAUAUGCACACAUAUAUAUAUAAAACGAUUAUCUUAUGUUUCUUGUAUAAAAGCUUAUAUUUUACUAUUAUUGUUCUGCUUCAGUUUUCAACAGUAUUUUGUGUUUACAAUUUUUAUUUCUAUUAUUUUUGUUCUGUUUGUUUAGAAACAAUAAUUGUGCUUUGUUCUUUUACAUAAAUACAUAUUUAGUUGAUGGAUGAAUGAGGAAUGAGAUAAAACAAGAAAUGAUUUAACACGUAGCAAAAUUUAUAUAGAUUGUCACUAAAUGAGCCGAAACUUUGAUUUGUUUUAGCAGCACUACAAUAUUAUUAUUAAUAAUUAAUACAAUAAAUAUUUGAUUUACACAUGUUUUGAAAAUGUUUUUACAUGAUCUUGUCUUGUGUUUUGUGCCCGUGCUUCACUCCCGAGUGAUUCUGUGACUAAUCCAAUUAACCAACAAAAAGUUAAUAACUACAAGUAUAAAUGGUGUCGCAAAUAAACUGUUUGAUUAACGCUUUAUAACAACACAAACAACUAACCAACAAAUCGAUGCAAUGAAAUUUCCUUGCCAUUGGAAAUUCAUUAAAUGAAAGUAUUCUAAUUAUAAAUGUUGCGUAGAUAUCAAAAGAGUUUAUUAACAAAUACAAAACGCGCAUGUUACAAAAUUAAAAAAAAAAAACUUUUGCAAAUUGUGAAACUUUAUACAGAGUUUCCAUCAGCCGAAUAGAACCCAUAACGAGAUUGAGAUCAAGAAUCAAGAAACUUUAAGAAGCUUUGGGCGCUGCCUCGAGGAAUCAAC